ACGGAACGUAAUCUAAUCAUCUGUUCAAAAUGUCAAAAUCAAAACAAUUUCCCUAAAAAUAAAAUUGUUUAACACAGAAUACACAGAUUGACCAAUGUAGAAUUUGUGGAAUCAUCAAUAAAACCUAAAAUGUUACGGUUACAAAAUUACAGAGUGCCAUUUCUGCACAUACAACAGAGGUUAAUUACUAGUACUACAAACGUAGUUCUCAAACCAAAUGUAUCGGCUACUGCUUACCAGCCUAAAAACGUUGAAAAGAAGAAAUAUGAGAAGUGGGAGCAGUAUAAUCUUUUUAAAGCCGAGAGUAUAAGUGAGAAGCCUAUGUUUAGCAUGGUGCUACCUCCUCCAAAUGUCACCGGCAAUCUCCAUUUAGGUCAUGCUCUAGCUUGCACCAUACAGGAUGUGAUAGUAAGGCAGAAGAGGUCCCUGGGUCACAAUGUACUAUGGCUUCCAGGGAUAGACCAUGCCGGGAUUGCUACACAGGGCGUUGUAGAAAGAUAUUUGCAAACCAGGCAAGACAUAUCCCGCUAUGACAUUGGUCGCGAAAAGUUCCUUCAAGAAGUUUGGAAAUGGAAGGAAAAACAUGGCAACACAAUCUGCAAUCAGUUGAAAACUCUUGGCUGUUCCCUGGACUGGUCUCGAGAAACCUUCACAAUGGACCAGAGGCACACACACGCAGUCAAUACAGCCUUUAUAAACCUUUUCAACAAAGGUUUGAUAUAUCGAAAAAAGGCACUUGUGAAUUGGUGUAGCACAUUAAACUCUACUGUGUCGGACAUAGAGGUUGAAAAUGUCACGAUAAAUGGCCCCAAAGAUAUUAACGUGCCUGGAUAUGAAAGUCCUAUUAAGUUUGGUUUGAUGUACCACUUUGCAUACAGGGUGUUUGAAUCUAAAGAGGAGGUUGUUGUGGCUACCACCAUGCCGGAGACGAUGUUGGGUGAUACAGCUAUUGCUGUGCAUCCAAAGGAUGAAAGGUUCGCGCAUCUAGCAGGCAAGAAGGUUUGGCAUCCAUUUAGAAACUGUACUAUUCCCGUUAUAUUCGACGAUUUUGUCGACAUGGAAGUAGGAACUGGCGCUGUGAAACUAACUCCCGCGCACAGCAAAAUAGAUUACGAAGUAGCUAAAGAACAUAAUAUUCCCCUUCUAGAAGUUAUUGACGAAAAUGGAAAAAUGAAAAACUCUGGCGACUUCUUUAAUAAUACGAAACGCUACGAUUGCCGAAAAGCUGUGAUUAAGAGGUUGGAGGGUAUGGGUCUCAUGAGAGGUAUUAAGCCUCACCACAUGACUUUACCGGUGUGCAGUAGAACCGGAGGGAUCAUAGACCAUUUACCUAAAGAACAAUGGUUCUUAUCAUGUAGUGAACUAAAUGAAAGAGCAGCUUCGUUAGUGGAGACAGGCAAACUGGUCAUCGAACCUGACAAGUUUGUGAAGUACUGGUUGAAUUGGACCGGCGACGAUCGGGACUGGUGUAUUUCUCGGCAGCUGUGGUGGGGACAUCAGAUCCCGGCUUAUAAAUGCAGUGUUGACCGCGAUGUAGCGUGGGUAGCCGCGAAUAACGAAGCAGCCGCCAAAGUGCUAGCUUCCAAGUUUUUAAGAACCUUGCCGGAUAUGAUUGUAGCCGAAAGAGACUCCGAUGUUCUUGAUACUUGGUUUUCUUCCGGUAUUUAUCCAUUCGCAGCGUUAGGUUGGCCAAAUGUCAAUAGAGAUAAGGACUUCGGUACGUUUUAUCCUUUGAGUCUUCUCGCGACUGGACAUGACAUCCUCGGCUUUUGGGUCCAUAGAAUGGUUAUUCUCGGCUUAGAGUUGACAGAACGGCUACCAUUCAACAAGGUGCUACUACACGGAGUUAUCUGCGACAAUAAAGGCGCAAAAAUGUCCAAAAGUCGAGGCAACGUUAUAGAUCCACUGGAUGUCAUAGACGGCAUUAGUUUACAGAAUUUGAAAGACAAAACUAAAGAAAUGCAUAGAAACGGAACUCUGAGUUUGGCCGAAAUGGACAAGGCUUUAGCUUACCAUCAAGCUAACUAUACAAAUACGAAGGGUAUACCGGAAUGUGGAGUUGACGCUCUGAGGUUCACUCUGCUCUCGCAAGAUAUAAAGUCGCAUUACGUAAACUUCGAUAUCGCGACAUGCCAUUCCAACAAGCUCUUCGGCAACAAAAUCUGGCAAAGCGUGAGAUACACCCAGAUGGCCUACACGAGAUUACCAAAGUUGGACAAAAACUUGAGUGUUGACGACCUUACGUACUUCGAUACAUGGAUCUUGAGCAGAUUGGCGGAGAUGGUUGAAAAAGUUAAUGUCUCCAUGGAUAACUAUGACUUUCAUUUGGCAACAAAAGCAAUAAGGACUCUGAUGUAUAAUGAAUUUUGUGACAUUUACUUAGAAGCUACGAAGCCUGGAAUGGAUGGCAAGGAUGCUAAGAUGGCUUAUGCCCACGCGCACACAUUGUCUGCAGUUCUCAACACAUCUCUCCGGUGUCUCGCUCCUUUCAUGGUAUAUUUAACGGAAGAACUCAUACCCAAAGUACCAACAUUCUCCAACAACAUAGUACAUAACUUCCAGGACGCAACUAACAAGUAUUUAGAUUUUCCGCAACAAAAAGACUUCAAACACUGGAAGGAUGCCGACUUCGAGUGGCAAGUCAAUAGAUUCUUAGGCACUGUAAAUCUAAUCAGAGAAAUGAAAGGCUUGUAUAACAUUUCUAAUAAACUGAGACCUUCUGUGUUCAUUGAAAGUGAAGAUGACAAACUAAAAACGGACAUAGAAAAUAGUGAAACAGUAUUUUUGAAUCUGUCGCGUUGUGGCGAAGUUCAAUUCAAACCGAAUCCGGAUAAGAAAUACGUGAGCGCCAUGUUGGAUAAAGAUACGAAAGUCAAAGUGGAAUUACUUGGGGAAGAUCUUGAGAUUGCUGUAUUUGCAGCUAGAGCUAAACUAGAGAAGAAAAUAAAGUGGUUAGAAGACGGUCUGUCUAAAUUAGAGGCUAAGUUUGCAAGUAGUCAUUAUUUGACGCAUGCCCCGCAUUGGGCACAAGCGUCGGACAGACAAAAAUUAAAUACGAAGAAAAAGGAACUUGAAGAGUUACAAAGACUGAUGUAAAUUAAAUUAUAUUAUGUAAUUAGAUUUUAGGGAAUAAUAUUGCAAUGAAAUUUUAACUAAGAGGCCGCCUAGACAAUCAAUUAAAUGCAAUAAUUAAUUGAUAGUCUAUGCGACCCCUUAGACAUAAUUAUGACGUAGGAAAUCGUUUGAAUUCUUAAAUGGUUAAAUAGUUUGUCUACGUAAACAGAAUUUGCAUUUUUAAGUAACUUGUUGCUUUUAGGUUUCAAAAGAAUAUUUAUUGCAAAGUGGCAAAUGUCUAGAGUGAAUGCAUUUUCAUAAGCAGGAAAUUUGAUAUUGUUUGAGAUUUCAUUUUUUUAACAUAAUGAACUGAGAAGAAAUGUUAAAAAUCAA